AUGUCGUCACCGACCCGCCCACUCGUGUCGCGACUCCGCCCACUUGCGACGCCGCGACGUUGUCAGACGACGACGAGUUGGCGACGGCAGUGCAAUGCUCGUGAUGAACGAAGUGAUGUUCGUCUGACGGUGAUUGAAUAUCGUCGUUGUGUGCAUGCCAUGCAAUCGCCGCGAUUCGGUCGCCGAUUCGCAGCUGUGUGGCCGAUCUACAAUGAGUUAGUGUUGUCUACUAGUAGAUGA